AUGACAGAUAUUGAUGAUUUAUCUUCUAAAUGUGAUUUUUUCCCACUCUUAUGUUCCUUAUAUCACGAAAAAGAAGAUGUAAAUGUUAAAGAAUAUUUCCAAAAUCCUUUUGAUGUCUAUAAAAGUGAGUUAGACAGGUUAAGUGAGGAUGGUGAUGAAGGGAAAUAUAAAAUAUGUAGUCUUGCUUUAUGUGUUCUCUAUAAUAAUCAGCUAAAUGAAAAAUGGUUCCAGGGUAAAAUGACAGAUGAACAACGUCAUAUCAUAGCAGACACAUGUGAAGCUUGUGAAUGCAACAGUAUACCAAAGGCAAAACUAAAGAAAGCACUUGACACUCUAGAUGGUACAUUUAUCUGUAAACAGAAUAGUAUUUAUAAAACUGUACAUGAUAAACUGUUUGACUUUCUUGCUCAUUAUUUUGGUCAGAAAAUUAUUGAAUGUUUGAUAGAUCAUGGUGACAGUGGUUUAGUACAUGAACGUUUUAUUUGGCAGUCAGCACCAGAUGACCAGAACAGUAACAUAGAAUUCAUUAUUGAAAUACCAAAUGAUUAUUUAGAAUCGUAUUUAGAAAGGUUUAUAAAAGACUGGUCAGCAGGAAAGGUGGCAGAUGUGUUCAGUAACAAUAAUAUGAAGAUAUCAUCAUUCAGACAAAAGUUGUUACAGUACUUACAACAACUAGACAAAUCACAACAAGUAAAAUUAGCGGGUACCAAGAAUACAGUGAUACCACAGGAGGACUGUGGAUCAGGUAAUACUCCACUGAUAGAUACUUGUUAUAGUGGUUAUACUGAUAUGGUACAGUGGAUGUUACAUAAUGAUGUGUAUGUGGAUCAAUGCAGAGAUGAUGGGGUAACUGGACUGUACAUGGCAAGUCAGAAUGGACAUUCUGAUAUAGUAAAGUUACUGUUAGAGAAGAACCCUGAAAUAGAUCUAUGUGAAAAUGGUGGCUCCAGUCCUCUGUACAAGACCCAUGAUGGUGGUAAUGCUUUGUAUUUCAGUACACAGACAGGAAACGUAGCAAUAACACAAUUACUGUUAGCGAAUAAUGCUGACCGUAAUAUUUGUAGCUAUAGUAAACAAAAGAUAACAGAUACAGUAAAUAAGGAUCAAUCCCAAACAUUAGAUGAAUAUAAACAAGGAUUAAUUGAUAGCUUUCUAAAGAAUACAACAUCAUAUGCUAGAUAUUAUAUCAGUAAGAAGUCGGCAGAUUAUGUCUUUAGUGUGGAUGCCGGUUCUUCCCCAUUACACAUAGCCUGUUUUAUGGGUAGGAUGGAUGUAGUUCAGUGUCUUCUGGACCACAAUGCUGACAUCAACAUGACAAAAGAAGAUGGAACAACACCAUUAUUUUAUGCAUGUGAAGUAGGACAUGAGGAUAUUGUACGUUUAUUGUUAGAUAAAGGAGCAGAUACACAGAUAUGUAGACUUGAUGGGAAAUCCCCUUUAAAGAUUGCAACAGAUAAUGGACAUACAUCUAUAGUAAUGAUGGUUACAGAACACAUGAAUAAGAAGGAAAACCUUUCUUCGUAA